CGUGCUUCCUCAAUCAACCACUCCCAGCUCCUCCAUCGUGAGAGCCUGACAUCACUGCAACUGACACGAACUGUCUGUUUGAAUUACUCUUCGGAGGCUACUUCGGAGUCUUUUGCUUUUUUAUUUUCUAGGCCACUAUUUGCCUGUGUUUUACCAUAUUCUUGGCAACGAGUGAUGCGACGCGACAGUCGUCAUCUUGCUACCUAUUGCUUUGCUUCCAGGUUCUCUACUUACCACAACCAAGGCAGCUUAUUGAUUGAUUAGCCAUUCUGGGAAUGUUGCAAUCUGACUCCUGACUACCUUAUACUCUUUUACCUGUUAUUCAGCUGUACAGCUACAAAGUUUGCCUGCGAAGGUGAGGCAAGUGAGUGCGCAACGACUGCUGAAACUCACUCUCCGCCCACCGACCUGACCCGCCUACGUCUGUCUGACUCAACUCGAUUCGAUUAAACUUGAUUACAUGAUCCAUUUCGACUCCUCCACAAUCCAAUCUUCAACCUUUCCCCCUCCGCCAAACGCUGGUCCCGCGGCAGCGACAGCGAUAGCGAACACCGACCCUUCACCAUGUUUUGGAGAUUCGGCGGUUACGCCAACAUCUCCACCAUCGACACAAUCCUCGAUAAGCCAGAUUUUACCCUCGAGGAGCUACUCGAAGAGACAGACUUGAUCCAGGAGCUCAAGCAGCACAACUCAAAGCUCAUCGAAUACCUCCGAAGCGACAAGGUCCUCGAUAACCUGCUCGAAUAUGUAGUCGCUCCAAAGCUCGAGACCGUCGAGUCUCCCGACGAGUCCACCGACCAAGAGGCCAAGGCCAAGAAUCGCUUCCUCUCUCUCUCGCGACCGCGCGCAUCAUCCCGCGCCACCGACCCGGGCGACGAUGAGGAGGAGCAGGAGAAGAAGCGCAAUCGCUACGCUUUUGUAGCUUGCGAGAUUCUUAGCUCCGAUACUUGGUCCAUCUACGAGGCUCUGGCUGAGAACAGACAAUUGAUUCGCGAUUUUUGGAACUUCUUGUCCCGCCCUGCCCCGCUCGAUCCCCUCCAGGCGAGCUACUUCACAAAAGUCAAUGAGUCUCUGUUCGAGAAGAAGACCGAGGACAUGAUGGAAUUAUUGACGACUCUUCCUGAUGCUGUCCCUAAUUUACUCAAGCACGUUGAGUGUCCUAUGGUCAUGGACCUACUGCUCAAAAUCAUCGCCCUGGACCGUAAUGAAGGUGGCCAGGGUGUGGUCGAGUGGUUGUACUCCAAGGACGUCAUCCCGAGCCUCCUCUCAUGCCUCAGCCCCGAGAACAACUGGGUUGUGCAAACUGCCGCAGGUGACUUCAUCAAGGCCAUCAUCACCAUCUCUGCCAACGCCUCACAGAAUGAGCAACAAUGCAUCGGCCCUAACGAGCUCACCCGUCAGCUUGUUUCCAAGCCAUGCAUCGAGCAGCUUAUUGGUUACAUGCUUGGCGGCGGCAACCCUCUGACUGUUGGUGUUGGUAUCAUUAUUGAAGUAAUUCGAAAGAAUAACUCCGAUUAUGAUCCCGACAUGGGCACCGAGGCGAGCGCUGCGCCUUCCAGCCGUGACCCCAUCUACCUGGGCACCCUUCUUCGCAUGUUCGCCGAGAAUGUCCCCAAGUUCAUGAACCUGAUUAUGGAUGUCCCCUCCAAGAAGGAGAAGAUCGACUCGACCUUUGGCGUCAAGCUCGAGCCCCUUGGCUUUGACCGAUUUAAGACAUGCGAGCUCAUGGCCGAGUUGUUGCACUGCAGUAACAUGGGCUUGUUGAACGAGCCGGGUUCCGAGGAACUGACAGCUCAGCGUGACAUCGAGCGGCAACGUCUUCGUACUGAGGGCAAGUUGGCACCGGUUAAGGAGGAGGACCACUCCACUGACGACUUGACCAUGCGAAGCGCUGCACCUGAAGAGAAGAGACGCCUCGAGGUCACUAACGCUGACGACGAUGGUUUCGAGGAGGUUGAGCCCAGCAAGGAGAUGAGUGAGGAUACUUCUCAUGAGUUUGUCAAGGCUGAGGACGACAUUCCCGGCGCUUCUACAACAUCACUCAGCAAGGAUGAGGAUGACUUUGUUGACGAGCCGCUGAGCCCUCCUCAAACGGGUGCCAAGGGUGAUGAGACACGAUUCGAUGAGCCGGAUUUGAUGGUUGCACCGUUGUCGCCCACAAAGAUCAAGACCGCUGAGCCCGCAUCUACAGAGCCUGCCAAGGCUGACUCAACUGAGAAGCCCGAACCCAAGGAACCCAGCAGCGAAAAGAUCGGAGAGUCCAAGCCCAAGACGACAGAAGAGGAUGUCACAAAGGAGGACACCUCUGACUCUUCAGCUAUCCUGACUCCUGCCCCAUCCGAGCCAGAGUCCAAGGCUGAGUCUACGGAUGCCUCCAUCAAGGUUGAAGAGCAGCCUCGAGGUAUCUCUCCCCAACCGGACGAUAUGCCUGCACCUCUUUUCUCCGCUCCUCCUCCACCGGAAUCUGGAGCCGAUCGCCCACCACAAGCGGCUGAAAAGGCAGCUGUUGAUGCCCAAGCUGCGACAGCUGAGACCUCUACUACGGAGACAAAGACUGAGGAGGCCAAGGAGGACAAGCCUAAGGAGGAGCAGCCUGCCAGCCAAGCCACCGAGGAACCCGUUGUUGGAGAUUUCCUGAAGCUUCAAUUCGUUGAACACCGUGUUGUUCCAACCAUUCUUAACUUCUUCUUUGCAUACCCCUGGAACAACUUUCUGCAUAAUGUGGUGUACGACAUCGUUCAGCAAGUUUUCAACGGUCCCAUGGACCGCAGCUUUAACCCCACAUUGGCCGUUUCCCUGUUCGAGGCUGCGGACAUCACAAGUGCCAUCAUCAACGGCCAAAAGGCUAGCGACGAGUCCCAGGCGAAGACCAAGACCCGCAUGGGAUACAUGGGUCAUCUUACCCUCAUUGCUGAGGAGGUUGUCAAGUUCACCGAGCGCCACCCUCCGGAGCUCCUCUCGGAGACUGUUCUUGACCGAGUCAUGAGCCAGGAAUGGAUCAGCUACGUUGAGGGAUCACUCGCCGAGACACGCGAGCGAGACAAUGCCAUUCUUGGUGGCGUACGACCAGAGGUAGCUAUGGGCAACCGGUCAAUGGGUGGCAGUGGGCUUGGCGGCGUCGGCCUUUCUGGCUUAAGCGGAGGCUCUGGCGGUGGUGGUUCCAGUGCACUUGCGGAAGCUGGCCUUAACGGGGGAAUAGAGCUCAGCCAAGACAGCGGAAAUGGCAUCGGCCCUUUCACUAUCAGUGGGGCCACAUUAAUGUCCGGCUUUGGCAGCAGCAGCGAUGAGGAGGAUGAAGAUGGGGACGAAAACGAGGAGGAUGUCAAUUCCGAGGUGAGUGGUGUUUCCGCUGAAGCUGAAGACGAUGGUUCGGAUCACGGCAUCCCUGGAUACCCUGGCAUAGCAGAAACACUAGAGGAUGUGAUUAUGCGGUCUCCUGAGACUUUUGCAUCACAAUUCCCUGACUUGGAUUACCCGGAGGAUGUGACAAGGGGGUCUCCUAUGGACUUGGACGAAACUGUGGCACACCAUCAGCGCUCAUCUCAAGAUGAAGAGCAACAGCACGCUGAGCAGGUUGAGGAUGUCUCAAAACCAGAAGGCAACCCUUAGGAGGACGCACCUUACUGGGGAACACUUGAUCGCCCGCGUACCAGACGAGAGAGUCGAGACAGGCGUUGCCGUGAGAUGCUGCAACUUGACGACCUAGAGACCUUCGAGGACGUCGAGGUUGGAGAGGUCAUGAAGCUGCUGACGACACCGAGGUUUUGAGACAUUUAUACCAGGCGUUGUGGGAUAGAAAGGGCGGAUGGAUGGCUAGGGGGAUUAUCAUGUAAGGUCUGGAUUGACCUAGUUUGGGAUCUGUAUAGAAUAAUGAUUGGCAACGGAGACAAGAGUUAGGGGUGCAAGCUGCUACGAAGGAACGAAAUGGAAAGGGGGAUCAAGCCUCGAUGCCAGUGUUUUCAGGACGCCUUUCCCUCCGACUCAUCUCAUCUCAUCUCCUAGUGUCGACUGAUCAUUUCACUCAUGAGCGCCUCGUACUGACGAGACAUUUCUAGUUCCGAGCUUACACGGACCCCUUGAACUCGGGAUCAAUGGAACCUCCAUCGAUUCCCCCACCACCUCCACCUCCGCCGCCGCUGAACAUCCCUCCUUCUAGGGCAAGACUCCAACUAGCGGCUCGGUUGGCGAUGCAUCAGAAGAACAACCAAGCACAAUCAUCUGGAAAUUUAAGUAACGACGAUGAUGACGAUGACGAGAACCCUACAGAUCCAUUUGCCGAUACAGAAGAGGACUUUGACGAUGAUGAUCAGACGCAAGGUGAUGAAAGGGGCGCAUGGUGGAGAGAUGUGGUGAGGGAUCGUGGAGGCAAGCCAGAUGGGAAUGAAUCAGACGACGAGCGUGAUGAUGACGAUGACGAUGAGUUUGGAGACUUCGCCAUGCCAGAAGACGAUGCUCAAAACGUUAUAAGACCUCAACCUGUGAACCCUGCAAAGGAGGGCUCAGCUUCAACAAGGGGAUUGAGUGGAUUGUGGCCGUUUGGACUGUCCAAGGCUGAGAAGGAAAAGGAGGGGAGUAGACAGGCUGCUGAGGAGGGGAAGGACGAUGAAGUCAAGGCUGUGGAAGUUAAGGAGGCCAAGAGAAGAACGAGUAUUGAGGAUCCUGAUGAUGAUGAGGUUGUGGUUUAGAUACCUGAGAUGGGAGGAUUAAUGGUGUACGAUACGAAUAUAGGAAUUGCUAUGGGAUAUGUGUAUGUAGAAUUGCAUCAAGACAGUUGUUUCAAUACGUGGUGUGCUCUGAUGGAUGUAGAUGCUCCAUCUGAUGUGCUGCUUAUUGCGGCGUCGACUUUCCAGUAUUAGAAACAUCUUUCUCUCAGUGCUAAGUGUUAUCAGUCUCUCGAUCCAGCCCCCAACAAGAUUAAAAAUACACAAAAC